AUGAAGGUUUUGAGCUGUAAGAGGAGGUUACAGAGGAGGUUACAGAGGAGGUUACAGAGGAGGUUACAGAGGAGGCUACAGAGGAGGCUACAGAGGAGGUUACAGAGGAGGUUACAGAGGAGGCUACAGAGGAGGCUACAGAGGAGGCUACAGAGGAGGUUACAGAGAGGAGGCUACAGAGAGGAGGCUACAGAGGAGGCUACAGAGGAGGUUACAGAGGAGGCUACAGAGGAGGCUGAAGAGGAGGCUACAGAGGAGGUUACAGAGGAGGCUACAGAGGAGGUUACAGAGGAGGCUACAGAGGAGGCUACAGAGGAGGUUACAGAGGAGGUUACAGAGGAGGUUACAGAGGAGGUUACAGAGGAGGCUACAGAGGAGGCUACAGAGGAGGUUACAGAGGAGGUUACAGAGGAGGCUACAGAGGAGGCUGCAGAGGAGGUUACAGAGAGGAGGCUACAGAGGAGGCUACAGAGGAGGUUACAGAGAGGAGGCUACAGAGAGGAGGCUACAGAGGAGGCUACAGAGGAGGUUACAGAGAGGAGGCUACAGAGAGGAGGUUACAGAGGAGGCUACAGAGAGGAGGCUACAGAGGAGGUUACAGAGGAGGUUACAGAGGAGGCUACAGAGGAGGCUGAAGAGGAGGCUACAGAGGAGGUUACAGAGGAGGCUACAGAGGAGGCUACAGAGGAGGCUACAGAGGAGGCUACAGAGGAGGUUACAGAGAGGAGAGCUACAGAGAGGAGGCUACAGAGGAGGCUACAGAGGAGGUUACAGAGGAGGCUACAGAGAGGAGGCUACAGAGGAGGUUACAGAGGAGGUUACAGAGAGGAGGCUACAGAGAGGAGGUUACAGAGGAGGCUACAGAGAGGAGGCUACAGAGGAGGAGGCUACAGAGGAGGCUACAGAGGAGGCUACAGAGGAGGCUACAGAGGAGGUUACAGAGAGGAGGCUACAGAGAGGAGGCUACAGAGGAGGCUACAGAGGAGGUUACAGAGGAGGUACAGAGGAGGCUACAGAGGAGGCUACAGAGGAGUACAGAGGAGGCUACAGAGGAGGCUACAGAGGAGGCUACAGAGGAGGCUAAGAGGAGGUUACAGAGGAGGCUACAGAGGAGGCUACAGAGGAGGUACAGAGGAGGCUACAGAGGAGGCUACAGAGGAGGCUACAGAGGAGGCUACAGAGGAGGCUACAGAGGAGGCUACAGAGGAGGUUACAGAGGAGGCUACAGAGGAGGCUACAGAGGAGGCUACAGAGGAGGCUACAGAGGAGGCUACAGAGGAGGUUACAGAGGAGGUUACAGAGGAGGCUACAGAGGAGGUUACAGAGGAGGACAGAGGAGGCUACAGAGAGGAGGCUACAGAGGAGGCUACAGAGGAGGUUACAGAGAGGAGGCUACAGAGAGGAGGUUACAGAGGAGGCUACAGAGGAGGCUACAGAGGAGAGGAGGCUACAGAGGAGGUUACAGAGGAGGCUACAGAGGAGGCUACAGAGGAGGCUACAGAGGAGGCUAAGAGGAGGUACAGAGGAGGUUACAGAGGAGGCUACAGGGAGGCUACAGAGAGGAGGCUACAGAGGAGGCUACAGAGGAGGUUACAGAGGAGGUACAGAGGAGGCUACAGAGAGGUACAGAGAGGCUACAGAGGAGGUUACAGAGGAGGCUACAGAGGAGGUUACAGAGGAGGCUACAGAGGAGGCUACAGAGGAGGCUUACAGAGGAGGUACAGAGGAGGUACAGAGGAGGUUACAGAGGAGGUACAGAGGAGGCUACAGAGGAGGCUACAGAGGAGGUACAGAGGAGGCUACAGAGGAGGCUACAGAGGAGGUACAGAGGAGGUUACAGAGGAGGCUACAGAGGAGGCUACAGAGGAGGUACAGAGGAGGCUACAGAGGAGGCUAAGAGGAGGUACAGAGGAGGCUACAGAGGAGGUACAGAGGAGGUACAGAGGAGCUACAGAGGAGUACAGAGGAGGUACAGAGAGUUACAGAGGAGGCUACAGAGAGGAGGCUACAGAGGAGGUUACAGAGGAGGCUACAGAGAGGAGGCUACAGAGGAGGUUACAGAGGAGGCUACAGAGAGAGGUACAGAGGAGGUUACAGAGGAGGCUACAGAGGAGGCUACAGAGAGGAGGUACAGAGGAGGUACAGAGGAGGCUACAGAGAGGAGGCUACAGGAGAGGAGGCUACAGAGGAGGCUACAGAGGAGGUACAGAGGAGGUACAGAGGAGGCUACAGAGGAGGCUACAGAGGAGGCUACAGAGGAGGCUACAGAGGAGGCUACAGAGGAGGCUACAGAGGAGGCUACAGAGGAGGCUACAGAGGAGGCUACAGGAGGCUACAGAGAGGAGGCUACAGAGGAGGUUACAGAGGAGGUUACAGAGGAGGUUACAGAGGAGGUUACAGAGGAGGCUACAGAGAGGAGGCUACAGAGAGGAGGCUACAGAGGAGGUUACAGAGGAGGUUACAGAGGAGGCUACAGAGGAGGUUACAGAGGAGGCUACAGAGAGGAGGCUACAGAGAGGAGGCUACAGAGGAGGCUACAGGAGGCUACAGAGAGGAGGCUACAGAGAGGAGGCUACAGAGGAGGCUACAGAGGAGGCUACAGAGGAGGUUACAGAGGAGGUUACAGAGGAGGUUACAGAGAGGAGGCUACAGAGGAGGCUACAGAGGAGGUUACAGAGGAGGUUACAGAGGAGGCUACAGAGCAGGCUACAGAGAGGAGGCUACAGAGGAGGUUACAGAGGAGGCUACAGAGGAGGCUACAGAGGAGGCUACAGAGUAGGUUACAGAGGAGGCUACAGAGGAGGCUACAGAGGAGGUUACAGAGAGGAGGCUACAGAGGAGGCUACAGAGGAGGCUACAGAGGAGGUUACAGAGGAGGCUACAGAGAGGAGGCUACAGAGGAGGUUACAGAGGAGGCUACAGAGGAGGCUACAGGAGGUUACAGAGGAGGCUACAGGAGGUUACAGAGGAGGUUACAGAGGAGGUUACAGAGGAGGUUACAGAGAGGAGGCUGAAGAGGAGGCUACAGAGGAGGCUACAGAGGAGGUUGCAGAGGAGGCUGCAGAGGAGGCUGCAGAGGAGGCUACAGAGGAGGCUACAGAGGAGGCUGCAGAGGAGGUUACAGAGAGGAGGCUACAGAGGAGGCUACAGAGGAGGUUACAGAGGAGGCUACAGAGGAGGCUACAGAGGAGGUUACAGAGGAGGCUACAGAGGAGGCUGCAGAGGAGGUUACAGAGGAGGCUACAGAGGAGGCUACAGAGGAGGCUACAGAGGAGGUUACAGAGGAGGCUACAGAGGAGGCUACAGAGGAGGUUACAGAGGAGGCUACAGAGGAGGCUGCAGAGGAGGUUACAGAGGAGGCUGCAGAGGAGGCUGCAGAGGAGGUUACAGAGGAGGCUGCAGAGAGGAGGCUGCAGAGGAUGUUACAGAGGAGGCUGCAGAGAGGAGGCUGAAGAGGAGGUUACAGAGGAGGUUACGGAGAGGAGGCUGAAGAGGAGGUUACAGAGAGGAGGCUGA